AUGCAGCUGAUUUCCAUGGCACCAAGCUGCACUCCGCCCCUCUCACCGCAGGUUUUUGAUCGAAGGAGAACACAGAUAUUGAACGAGCGCGAUAGCAAAUGGCACAAGCAACAGACGAAGCUGUUGAGAAUCUUGGCCCCGCCAUUAAUGGCUGCUGCUAUAGCCUUAUCUCCUAUUUUUCACACUCCUGUGUCGUUAGGGCAAACUUUAGAUGCUCAGAAAGGAGCCACUUUGUUUCGACGGGCUUGCAUAGGAUGCCAUGAUGCUGGAGGAAAUAUAAUACAACCCGGUGCAACACUCUCUCUUAAGGACCUACAGAGAAAUGGAGUUGAAACUGAAGAGGAGAUAUAUCAGAUUACGUACUACGGGAAAGGAAGAAUGCCGGGAUUUGGCGAGAAUUGCACGCCUAGAGGUCAAUGCACGUUCGGGCCUCGACUAGGCGAAAACGAGAUUAAACUACUGGCUGAGUUUGUGAAGUCACAAGCCGAGCAAGGCUGGCCCAAAGUAGAAACUGAAGGUGAUUAG